AAAAUAUUUUUUUUCUCUCUCUCUUUCUCUUUCUCCUCAUCUUGACAUGAACCAUAAACGACCUUCAUUUGUUAACUUUCCUAUACCAUUUGAUCAUCCUUAUACUAUCCCUACACUUGUGAUGACUGUGGGUGCAUCUGCCUUGUUGUAUUACUCACUUCAGGCACAACAUGAACAGGACUUGAAAGAAGCGAUUCGACUUAGAGUGAUAUCCAAAAGAAAACACUGUAAACGUCAAGAAGACAAGUUUGCUUCUCUCAAGAUUGAGAAACAGUUUGUGAACCCCUUUUCAGAAUGGACAUGGCCUACAUUGUCCUGGAAGGAUUCUUUCUUGUACUGGCUUGGUAUCAACAAUAACAAUCAACUACCUAAAAUAGAGCAGGACUUGGUAGCCUCUUUACCUAUGUUUAAACCAGACAUAGACCAAAUUAAACAUACACAAAAGACAAGUUUCACUUGGUUAGGACAAUCCACUUGUUUAUUUAGCUUAGAAGGACUCCGUAUCUUGACAGAUCCUAUAUUUGAACACAAGGAUCGCCUAAGACCUCCACCAUGCCAACUAGAAGAAUUAAAAGGAUGUGUGGAUAUUAUUUUGAUUUCACACCAUCAUUUUGAUCAUUUAGAUGAAAAGACAGCCUUACAGUUUGGUAAUGAAGUGACUUGGUAUAUUCCAUUAGGAUUAAGGGAAUGGUUUGUCAAACGAGGUAUAGACAAUGUGAUAGAAUUAGACUGGUUUCAAGAAUUACACCAUAAAGGAAGACCUGAUAUUUUAAUAGCAUGUGUGCCUGCUAUGCAUUCAAGUGGACAUGCAUUUGAAAAAGAUGAAUCUUUGUGGUGUAGUUUUGUCAUCAAGUCAAAAUCAGACCGACUCUUUUUUUGUGGUGAUACAGGCUAUGUUCCUGAAUUAUUUGAUGCUAUCCGGGACCUGUAUGCUCCUUUUACUUUGGCUGCUUUACCCAUUGGUACAUUUGAACCUCGUCGCUUGUUGAAAUCAAACCAUAUGAACCCAGAAGAAGCAGUGAAAGCUCAUCACCAUUUAGGAUCUCCCUUCACUGUAGGCAUUCAUUGGGGUACUUUUAUGAAAUCAAAUGAACCUUAUCUUUUACCCCGUCAACAAGUGGCUCAUUUGUCAAAAGAAGGACAGUUUAUCACAACAGCAUUUGGAAAAACUUUAUUUAUUCAAGAAUAGUUUAAAAGGUGACAAUCACCGCCUUCAUAAAUAUCGACCUUGUUGACUUUGUGUUCACUGUUUAAAGUACGGUAAUGUUUUUCGCGGUAGACAUACAAGUCAAUAUGAUUAUUAUCAAAACUCCAACUUUGGUCUAUGUAUUUUAUGAGUGCAUUGUAUUUUAUAUGCGUAUCGUUUACCAUCUACAAGCAAACAGCCAUUGUGCUUUUUAGAAGUACCGGGAAUGUCCCACCCUUCAAUUUCAGGAACAAAAAUCUUUGUGUUGCGUUUAAUAUCGUUAGCCGCAAUGGUGAUAAAAGGACGAAGAGGGCUACCAUAGGCUAUACAUAAAGAUCAGCUUAAAUUCAUGAAGCAUAUC